UUGCUCUUAUACUGUCGGCAUGUUUCGAAGCAUUGAAAGCUAACGUUCACCUUUGGCGAUAAAUUGAACUAACUAUAUGGUUGUUUGAAAAUGUUAACUCACUCACGCUCCUGUCUAUCAUGUUGAAUUUAGAAGGAAUGUUCUGAUGUUUGUCUGCAACAAUGGAAUGUGAUAUUUUAGAUACGUUAGAACAAGUCGGGUAUGACGGACCUCUACAGAAUGAGGAGACUCUUGUCAAAGCAUGUGAAAAUGGUCUAUCAUCACCGGAUUAUGUUAACCUGUGCAUUUGGUUAGUAACACGUCUGAAACCGUUAUGUGAUCUGGAAGAGAGCAUUACGUCAGGUGUAGGUGACACUGAUGGCCUUCAGUUUGAGAUGAGUGGGUUGCUGAAGGAGUUACAGUGCCCCUAUCAAGGCCUUGUCUCCGGGAUUCUGCAGGAAGGGCUGAAGACCAAAAAAGAAUAUCUACAGCUAGCAUUGUUUUUAGGCUCUGAACUUCAAGCAGCGCAGAUUAUAAAGAGCAAGUCUGUUCAGGACAAAGAACAAAAAGACAGGAACAUAUUCCAGGAUAUCUGUGAAACACUGAACCUCCCAGAGCCUAAAGACCAGGGAGUGGCAGAGCUGUUCUCUACGAUUGAAAAAAAGACAAACGCACUGCUUCAAGAGCUUCCAAAGGAUCACAUUGGAAAUCCAGUACUGAAGCACUCCCUUGAAAUUAAACAGUGGGAGAGGCUGGAGAAGAUCAACAAGCUCCUGUCCUCAGAGUAUGAGUGUCGACGGAGGAUGCUGAUCAAACGUCUAGACGUCACCGUGCAGUCUUUCGGCUGGUCAGACAGAGCCAAGGAAAGGGUUGACUGCAUGGCCAGGAUAUACCAGCCUAAGAGACAGUCCCUGGCCCAGAAGUCGUCUGUAGGCAUUGCUCACCUGUUGGCAGCCAGGGACGAUAUCUGCAAUGUGGUGAAGACCAGCAGUGGCUCCAGCAGAGAGAAUACUGCAUGUGCUGUCAAUAAGAUUCUGAUGGGGAGAGUGCCGGAUCGCGGUGGUCGGCCCUCUGAAAUAGAUGCCCCCCUCCCUGAGAUGCCAGCCUGGCAGAAGAGACAAGAAGGUGGAGGGGGUGGUAGUUGGGGAGGGGGUAAGGGUGGCUGGCGAGGAGGGUUUGGGGGAGGGAGUGGCGGUAGAUGGGGUCAUGGAGGUAAGAGGGGCCGUUAUCACUACUAGAGCCAAACAAAUGUGUUUUACUGUAUAGUGGGCCCUCCUCUUCACAUAAACAAAAAAAGGAAUUGGUAAAUAUAACAUUAGCUCGGUAGAAGCUUACUUAGUCCAGUAUAUUAAGAAUUGGUCUGAACACUUCAUGAUGAGGAUCCUAUACAGAAUUGUAGCAUGUCUGUUGUAACAGACAUGCUACAAUUUUGAUCAAAGCCUCACCUGGAACAUGCUUUCAAUAGGGCUGUCCAAAACAUGCCACCAGUAUAGAAGAUUGGAGUACAGGUGUUAGUGAUUCCACAGACGGCGUAGUGUAUGCUGGUUUUUGGUUAUUUCUUUCAAUUGGUACCUAAUGUUGACCAAGACCACCAGGUGAGGGUAGAUCCUAACUAAUUAGUGACUUAAUUGAACAGUCCACUACAUGAGAGGAAAACCUUCAAACGUUUGGCCCUCCGUUGACCGGUUAGACACCUGUGGAUUGGAGGGUUCCCCCGACUCUUUCCAUGGUCCCUUUAACUGUCAUUCCUAAACCAUCAUACCUGUCACUGCCCCUGCUUUUAGACCCAUGUUACAGUUCCCACCAAGUGAGUUAAUCCUUUGGCACAAGUCAGAGUGGUGGGUGAUUGCCUUUAAAGCUAACGACAGGGUUUCGUUGACCUACUUCUGCUGUUGGCUACAAUACCAAAAGGCUAUAACUUCUUGGUGUGGUUGAUAGGUACGUGGAGAAACAGGUUACAUUAGUUUGCUCUGCUUUUCAACACUUUUAAAAAAAACAAAAUCUGUAAUACAGUUGUUAAAAUGUUUAUGACCUAACUUAAGUAGUUUUUUUAUUUUUUGCUCAAAAAUGUAACUAUUAUAUAAACCCUACUCAUUGGUAGUUAUAAAAAGGAGUUUUGCCAAUUUGAUAAAAGAUGUCUGUUUAUUGGUACCUGCUUUGCCUAGGGCAACACUAAUGCUUUGUUUAUUUUACAUAUUGAUGUUUGAUGAAAAUGCUGUACAAUAUUCAACUGUAUUGAACUCAUUAUUUUACGCCCAUUUUUCCUCCCCCUCAUUUUCAACUAUUAUGAACUGUCUGUGCAGAGUUACUGACUGAGACAGACUUUUUUUUUUUUGAUUGAUUUUUGCUUAUUUUUUACUGAUGGGAUAUUUGUAGUUUUAUCAAAUGAAUAUUUUGGGAAAUUGGAAUCAUGUUGAUUUUCAUUUGAAGACUCCAGCCUUGAUAGUCUUUAAUAUGCAGGUUGGUGCUUUAGCCUGAUAGACAUGCAACAACUUUUGAUUUGUCUUAAAAAGUCACAUUCAACAUGAAAAAAGAAAAUACAUUCUGAUUGAAAUGGGUAGAUCCCUUGUUGUUUUUGAAUUUUCCAGACACUGUGUUAAGUAACACGAAGUAUCAUUUAGUUAAUUCAACCCAGUGAAAGGGCUAAUUAGGGUCAGAUAUUUAAAUAACUUUUGUGUUUUCUUGUCAAAUUACCAUGCAAAUUGGAGAUACUUGCCUUUAGUUAUAUGCCUUUAGAUGUCAUGGUUUUUCAUGCAAUUGUAUUUCUGUCUAUUGCGACAGGCUGUUCCUCCUGUUCAUGAAUCCGCAAUCUGUCAGAUUUUGAUGUCAGUAUAUUGCGCUUGUGAUUUAGGAAAACCUUUUUCACAGCUUAGUGUCCUACUGCAGAGAGUAGAACAAAAUAAUUUGUUUGUUAAAACAGAAUACUGCAUAAAAUCUGUCGAUUACAUUCAUCCAAUAGUGUGUUCUUGGCAGACUUCCUCAUCGCCAAAGGUGGCACUGGUCUGGCCUAGCUGACAUCUGACUCGAAGUCCCAGCUAUAUUACAAUAAUUCCAUGCACUUGUAUUGAAAUUGAGUGAGGUGUGUAGAAUUUGUAUUUUAGGGUGCACAUUUGUAUGCAUAUAAAAUAUUAUCUGGUGAAUA